AUCAAUAAUUGUCCAAACUAUUGACAUUUAUGGCGAAAAGCACAGAGUACUUCUGUAAUUGGUAUACAGUAAAGGCUGAAAAGGAUGCCCCUUGCGAAAACUAAACAAGAUGUUUUAAAUGGUGGAGAGUUAAAGAAUGAUGGAGCUUUAAGAGUAUAAAGCGUAAUUGCCAGCGCUCGUAUACGGUCAGGCUAAAUUUGUCAAAGGCACGUAGCCUUAGUUGUGAAAUAUUGAUAUAUUUCAACGUCUGAAAAUGGAGAAACCCAAAUCAGAUAUCGAACUGCCUAAUAAAUUAGCAGACCUAAAAUUAAUGGAAACACAGUCAGAGGAGACAGAAUCUACGACGAGAGUUUUAAGGAAACGAAAACAGACAUCCCCUGAAAAUAAAUCCACUAAUCGUAGAGUUAGUAUGAAACCUCGUAAACAUAUUGCUGUUACUGAGACUGGGAAUUCUAAGCAAAUUGAGGCAAUAUAUCUUAAUAAUAAAAUUAAGAAGACUUCAUCUCAGACACUGGAAACAAUAUUUGAAGAACCGAAAAAUGGUAAUACAGAUUGUAACAAUGUAAUGUCACGUAGAAAAGUUAAAAGGCUUUUAACAUUCCACCUAGGUAGUCACUAUACUAAGGAUAAAAUAAAGAGACGAAGAGAAAAAAUUAAAAAGUUAAGAGGAAAUGCAUUUUUAAGUAGAAAACGGAUACCUAUGGAUGUAGUACUGGAAACUUUGGAAGCAUUACAAUCUGAUGAAGAGACUUCAACUGAAAGUAAAACAAUUGAAAGUGCAACUGUGUAAUUACUUGUAUACCUUUGAUACUUUUUAAUUAAAAUAUAAUCUGACUGAAUAAUAAA